ACAGCUAGGGACCCCGGGAAACCCACCCGAUUUCCGCGCCCCUCCACUUCAUUCUCCGCUCGCACCCGACCCGAUCCCCUCCGGCCGCCCCCAAACCAACAGCAUUAACCGCAGACAUAGCGCAACCAGCAACGCGCACGGCGGGAAGGCGCGGCCGCGCGGAAGGGCGGAGGCCGUUCCGCCAGAAUCCAUACCCUUUCCGAUUAUGAUCGCCGCCGUCUAAUAACCUAGCCAGGCGCGCAGGAGGAGGGGACGGGAGGAGUACUUGGCGCGGCAUUAUGACCAACAAUUUCCUGACCACGAUACGGAGCCUCAAGCUAAUCGAAGGCUGCAAGGCCGCGCAAAUCUACGCCUUCAAUUCGGCGGGGGCGUCCACCUCUGGCUCAGGGGAUGGAGGCGGCGGCGGCGGCGCGAAACUGCCGCCGCCUCCCCCGCCGCGCAGCAUCUCCCUAAUGUCCGCGUCGCUCUGCUACCCGCACGCGCCCUCCACGUCGGGGGCCUUCGUGCCGGACUCGACCCUGCCCUGCGGCCUCCCGUCCGCGGCGGCGCUCGAGCCGGCGCUGGACGCGUGCCUCCGCCCCGUCGACCACGUCUCGGCGCUCGCCGCGUCGUUCCGGCGGAUGUCGUCCGCCGAGGCCGAAGACGACGACCUCUGCGACGUGUACCUGGAGCAGCACGCGCUAUUCCACGCGCUCGGCGACGCCCGGCUGCUGCGGCGGGCGCUGCGCGCCGGGCGCGUCCACGCCGGGGACGCGCACCGCCGCGUCGUGCUCGCCGCCUGGCUCCGGUACGAGCGCCGCGAGGACGAGUUCGACCCGUCGCCGCCGCCGCUAGCUCCCUGCGGCCCGACGACCCCGCUCCUCGAGUGCCCCCGCGCCGCGGUCUUCGCCGGGGAGUCCUGCGUCGUGGAUCCCGUCUGCCCGUGCCGCCACCCGCCACCUCCUUCCCCUCCCCGCGUCAGGCGCAGCUCGUCGAACGCCUUCGGUGUCGAUGGAGAGGAAGAUGACGAGGUCGAGGAAGAGGAGACCAACGACCUGUGGUUCGUCAUCGGCCAGGAGAAGGUGGCUUGCGAGCGCUCCUGCAUCGCGGCGCUGUCCAAGCCGCUCAACACGCUGCUCUACGGCGGGUUCGCCGAGGCGCACCGCGACCACAUCGACUUCAGCCGCGACGGCAUCACGCCACGCGGCAUGCGCGCCGUCGCCGCCUACAGCCGUCACGGCUGCCUCGAGGACUUCCCGCCGGACACCAUCCUGGAGCUCCUCGCCUUCGCCAACAAGUUCUGCUGCGAGGGCCUCAAGGUCUCCUGCGACAACAAGCUCGCCUCCAUGGUGAGCGGCGUGGACGAAGCCCUCUCCCUCAUCGACCUCGGCCUCGAGGAGGCCGCGCACCUCCUCGUCGCCACCUGCCUCCAGGCCUUCCUGCGGGAGCUCCCCAAGUCGCUCUCCAACCCCGAGGUCGCCCGCCUGCUCUGCAGCCCGGAAGGCAAGGAGCGCCUCGACGCCGCCGGAAACGCGUCGUUCGCGCUCUACUACUUCCUCUCGUACGUGGCCAUGGAGGAGGACAUGCGGUCGAACACCACGGUGAUGCUCCUGGAGCGGCUAUGGGAAUGCGCCGAGUUGCCAUGGCAUAAGCAGCUGGCGCUGCACCAGCUCGGGUGCGUGAUGCUGGAGCGCGGCGAGUUCAAGGACGCGCAGGGGUGGUUCGAGGACGCCGUCGCCAAGGGCCACGUGUACUCGCUCGCCGGAGUAGCGCGUGCCAAGUACAAGUGCGGGCACAAGUACAUGGCGUACAAGCUGAUGAACCGGGUGGUCGGGGACUACGAUCCCGCAGGAUGGAUGUACCAAGAGCGCUCCGUCUACUGCGUCGGCAAGGAGAAGAUGGCUGAUCUCCGGACAGCGACAGAGCUUGACCCGACGCUGACCUACCCGUACAAGUACCGUGCCGCUGCGUUAUUGGAGGAGGAUAAGUUCGAUGCUGCGUUCGAAGAGAUCGACAAGGUACUCAGCUUCAAGUUGGCGACCGACUGCCUUGAGCUCCGGGCGUGGUUCUCCCUUGUCGCUGGAGACUUCGAGUCUGCCGUGCAGGAUGUCAGAGCGAUAUUGACAUUGGAUCCGAGUUACAUGAUGUUUCAUAGGAAAAUGCAUGGGGAACAACUGAUCGAGCUCCUCCGAGGGCAGGUGCAGCAGUGGGAUAUGGCCGACUGUUGGAUGCAGCUGUACGACCGGUGGUCAGGGGUGGACGACAUCGGCUCUCUGGCCGUCGUCCAGCAGAUGCUCGCCAGGGAACCGGGGAACAGCAGCUUGCGGUUCCGGCAAUCGCUACUCCUGUUAAGGCUUAACUGUCAGAAGGCUGCUAUGCGUAGUUUGCGAUUAGCACGGAAUAGUUCACUUCAUGAGCAUGAGAGACUUGUAUAUGAAGGAUGGAUUUUAUAUGACACUGGACAUCGUGAGGAAGCACUUGAGAAGGCUGAACAGUCAAUCAGACUACAAAGAUCAUUUGAAGCCUUUUUUCUGAAGGCAUAUGCUCUAGGAGAUUCAAGCCUUGACGUUGAAUCUGCGCUUUCUGUUGUUCAGCUCCUAGAGCACGCUAAUAGUUGUGCAUCUGACAACCUCCGGAAGGGGCAAGCAUAUAACAACAUGGGAAGCAUAUAUGUGGAUUGUGAUAUGCUGGAUGAGGCAACUGAGUGUUACAGUAUAGCAUUGAGCAUAAAGCACACACGGGCACACCAGGGUCUGGCACGGGUCCAUUACCUGAAAAAUAGGAAAAAGGCUGCAUUUGAUGAGAUGACAUCGCUCCUGAAGAUUGCUAAGAACAGCGCAUCAGCAUAUGAAAAACGGUCAGAAUAUGCUGAGCGGGAUGUUGCAAAGAGUGAUUUAAAUAUGGCGACGUUGCUGGAUCCUACCAGGACCUACCCUUACAGAUACAGAGCAGCUGUUCUGAUGGACGAAAACAAGGAAGACGAGGCGAUCGUGGAGCUGUCGCAUGCAUUGGCUUUCAAACCGGACCUCCAGCUGCUCCACCUCCGCGCCGCGUUCUUCGACUCCAUGGGCGACAGCACGGGUGCCAUCCGUGACUGUGAGGCCGCUCUAUGCAUGGAUCCGACCCACGGGGACUCCCUCGAGCUCUACAGCAAGGCUUCCACCAAGGCUGAACAAUCCGAGAGCUAGCGAAUAUAUCCUGCGCCUGCAAUCAUCAUCUUCGUCGUCGAUUCAGCUGCGCCCUUUUUGCCCUGGCAGAAUGAUGAAACAACGAUCUUGCCCUUCGCAAGGAUAAAGCACAAGCCCUGCGGAUCAGCCAGGCGGGCAGGAGAACGGGACGGCGCACCACAGACACACAUAUCCGUAUGAGUGUAAGGAUACGAUGCACCGGCAAAAGGUCGAUCGAGCUCUCCACGGUACAUAGAGGGAGACGAGCUUGCUGUAAAUUUUUAAGAACAGUGCAUGUGUAAACGGCAAAAGAGCAUUUUCAUAUGUAUACAUCAAGACGACAAGAUCAGCUCCAAGGAGAGCUAAAGAGAAAGGAGGCAGCAGCAACAACAGGCUGUCCUCUAAUUUAAUCAGAUCGGCACAUACUUUCUCCUUUUC